GUAAUUUUCUUCUAGCUUUGCAAAAAUAAUUUAUUGAUUACCACUUGCCUCAGAAACUAGCUGAUCUUCUAUGCUUGUCCAUUCUUUGUCAAACAAAGAAAAAAUUAGAUUGCAAAAUCCUUUGAAAUUUCUUGUUGCUAAUUUCUAGCAACUCAAUUUAGUUGAAUCAAAUCAUAUACUAAUUCUCAUAAUGAGAAGUCAUGGAUUGUUUGAUCUUGAAAAGCACUUUGCUUUCUAUGGAGCUUAUCAUAGCAACAAAGUCAAUAUACUGAUACAUAUGUUGUUUGUUUGGCCAAUCUUUUGUACUGCUAUUCUUUUCCUUAAUUUCACACCAUCUUUCUUUAAUCUUCCCAUGAUCCAUUUAUCUCUAUUUGGGAUUGAUUUUCCAUUGAUUAUGAAUUUUGGGUUCUUGGUUACACUCAUUUAUUCCCUGUUUUAUAUCUUCUUGGAUGUAAAAGCUGGGUCUUUAGCUGCCUUUCUCUGUGUUUUAUGUUGGGUUUUUAGCAGUUUAUUGGCUCAGCUUCUUGGGUUUUCACUGGCUUGGAAGGUGGUUCUGGUAGUUCAGUUAGUUUGUUGGACUGGACAAUUUAUUGGCCAUGGUGUAUUUGAGAAGAGAGCACCAGCUCUUUUAGAUAAUCUUUUGCAAGCUUUUUUAUUGGCUCCGUUCUUUGUUCUUUUGGAGGCUCUGCAGAACUGUACCGGUUAUGAACCUUAUCCAGGAUUCCACCAUACAGUUAAGUCUAAGAUAGAAGCAGACAUUGAUGAAUGGAAAAACAAGAAGCAAAACUUGCUUUCAUAGUUGAUUUUUCAGAUUAUGUGUUUUGAGCAUCGGUGUCAUCUAUGGUGAUUGGUGCCUUGGUACUCUGACUUAAGCCUCUUAUGUAAAAAUCCCACUUUCUUUCUUGUACAUUUUCCUUAAAAACCAAAAAAAGGGAUUGUAAAAAGGCUACAUGAAUACUUUUUAGUCUUUAUGAGCUAUCUUUACUUAAAAUUUUGAUUUUUGCAUUUA